AUUCAAAGUGAAGGUUUGCUGCCCUCCUGCGACUGAAGGAGCUCACACACCUGCGCUGCCUUCACGACACGUAGAAACUCGGACAUCUCAGCUUCGUUUUCCUAACAAUUCGGCUGACAAACACCCGCCGAUUAUAGUGACGUUUAGUAAAAUCACUAUUUAGAUUUUUCCUUUGAUCUCUUGACCUCAUCGUUGUUCUUUUAACGGUAAAACGUGAAAUACACACAGCGUGUCCUCCGGUCGCUCCAAGUCUCCGAUCUCCUUUUUAACCACAGCCCGUGAACGCAGCACCAGGACCAGCCUGCCUCACAUUGUUAACGUUGAUUUCUCCCGUUCAAAGCAGCAUUUUGUCUUCCGUGAGCCGAACCUGGAUCACAGCCUCCCACUAACCGCAUGAAAUCUCGGCUUCGUCAGGCAGCGGGACCCCCACCGGCACACGCCCGAGCAUGAGGAGGAUCGGUGGCCGUUACCCUGCCCAGACCGGAGGCUGCUGGUAGGGAUGGUGUCGCUGUGAAGAGCCGGUGUGACGAGCCUGUGGUCGGGGGAAGAAGUGCCUGGACAACAUGACUGUUUUCAACCCGGAAAAUGUGGAGGAAUUUUAUGACAUCGGGGACGAGCUGGGGAGCGGUCAGUUUGCUGUGGUCAGAAGAUGCAGACACAGGACUACAGGUGUGGAGUUCGCUGCCAAAUUCAUCAAGAAACGGCGCAGCAAGUCGAGCCGACGAGGGGUGACGCGGGAGGACAUCGAGCGCGAGGUGAACAUCCUGAAAGAGAUCCAGCACCCGAACGUCAUCGCGCUGCACGAAGUCUUUGAAAACAAGGCGGAAGUCAUCCUGAUCCUGGAGCUGGUGGCUGGAGGCGAGCUCUUCGACUUCCUGGCAGAGAAGGAGUCCCUGAGCGAGGAGGAGGCCACGCAGUUCCUCAAGCAGAUCCUGGAUGGAGUCCACUACCUGCACUCCAAGCGGAUCGCUCACUUCGACCUCAAGCCGGAGAACAUCAUGCUGCUGAACCGCUCAGUGCCUCACCCGCGCAUCAAGAUCAUCGACUUUGGACUCGCCCACAAGAUCGAUUUUGGCAACGAUUUUAAAAACAUCUUUGGAACGCCAGAGUUUGUAGCUCCAGAAGUCGUCAACUAUGAACCUCUGGGCCUGGAGGCAGACAUGUGGAGCGUCGGUGUGAUUACCUACAUCCUCCUGAGCGGAGCCUCUCCUUUCCUGGGCGACAACAAGCAGGAGACUCUGGCUAACGUGUCGGCGGUGGACUACACCUUCGAUGAGGAGUUCUUCAGCAACACCAGCAUGCUGGCCAAAGACUUCAUAGCAAGGCUGCUCGUCAAAGAUCCAAAAAAGAGAAUGACCAUCCAGGACAGCCUGCAGCACCCCUGGAUCAAGCCAAAGGACACUCAGCAGGCUCUGAGCAGGAAGGAGUCGGCCGUCAACAUGGAGAAGUUCAAAAAGUUUGCAGCCAGAAGAAAGUGGAAGCAAUCGGUCCGACUCAUCUCUUUAUGUAACCGCCUGUCCCGCUCCUUCCUGUCCAGGAGCAACAUCAGCGUGGCCCGCAGCGACGACACGCUGGACGAGGAAGACUCCUUUGUGAUGAAGGCCAUCAUCCACGCUAUAAAUGACGACAACGUGCCGGGUCUGCAGCAUCUCCUCGGCUCACUGAACAACUACGAUGUGAACCAGCCCAACAAGCACGGGACUCCUCCCCUGCUGAUCGCAGCCGGCUGUGGAAACAUUCAGAUCAUUGAAGUCCUGAUGAGGAAAGGAGCGGAGAUCCGGGCCCACGACAAGAGCGGAGCCAACGCUAUCUACUACGCGGCGAGACACGGCCACGUGGAGACCCUGAGAUUCCUCCAUGAGAAGAAAUGCCCCCUGGAUGUGCAAGAUAAGUCCGGCGAGACGGCUCUACACGUGGCUGCUCGCUAUGGCAACGUGGAUGUGGUGAGCUACCUGUGCAGCAUCCGAGCCAACCCGGACCUGACGGACAGGGAGCAGGAGACGCCGCUGCACUGCGCCGCCUGGCACGGCUACUCUCCGGUAGCCCGAGCUCUCUGCCAGGCAGGCUGCCACGUGGACGCCAAGAACCGCGAGGGGGAGAGCCCGCUGCUGACGGCCUCUGCCCGCGGCUUCGUGGACAUCGUGGAGUGCCUGGUGGAGCACGGAGCCGAACUGGAAACCACCGACAAGGAAGGCCACACUGCUCUCCACCUGGCUGUGCGUCGCUGUCAGGUGGAGGUGGUCCGCUGCCUACUCAGACACCGCUGCCACGUGGAUCAGCAGGACCGCCACGGAAACACGCCGCUCCACAUCGCCUGCAAGGAUGGAAACCUGCCCGUCGUCAUGGCGAUCUGCAAUGCCAAGGCUAGCCUCGACCUCCCCAACAAGUCCGGCAGAACUCCGCUCCACCUGGCGGCAAACAACGGGAGCCUGGAGGUCGUCCGCCAUCUCUGCCUGGCCGGAGCGAACAUCGACGCCGUCACCAACGAUGGAAAGACGGCGGAGGAUUUGGCUUUGGCCGAUCAUCACGAGCACGUCGUGUCGCUGCUGGGAAAGCUUAAAAAGGACAACCACAAGCUGAGCUACAUCCAGCAGCUGCGGCCCACUCAGACGGUCCAGCCCCGGAUCAAACUCAAGCUGUUCGGACACUCAGGAGCCGGGAAGAGCACGCUGCUGGAGUCUCUGAAGUGCGGCAUCCUGCGCAGCUUCUUCAGGAGGAGGAGGACGCGCAUGACCAACGCGGCCCGGCACCCCAACUCGCCCGUCAACUCCAAACCUCCCGUGUCGGUGAGCAUUUCCAACCUGUACCCCGGCUGUGAGAACGUGAGCGUGAGGAGUCGCAGCAUGAUGUUUGAGCCCAGCCUGACCAAAGGCGUGCUGGAGGUCUUCUCCCCCGUGCACAGCGCUCUGUCUGCAGCUGACGAACAGGCCACCAAGGCCAUCGACAUCCAGCACGCCAACAUCCACGGCGUGGGAGAUUUCAGCGUGUGGGAGUUUUCUGGAAACCCGGUCUACUACUGCACCUACGAUUAUUUUGCGGCCAACGAUGUCACAGCGAUCCACGUGGUCCUGUUCAGCCUGGAGGAGCCGUACGAAACCCAGCUGGGCCACAUCACCUACUGGCUGAACCUGCUGAAGGCCCUCACCCUGCCACAGGAAACCAUCUCUUUCGGCGGUCGGAUCCAGCAGCCUCUCGCGGUCGUCCUGGUGGCGACACACGCCGACCUCGCCGACGUUCCCAGAGCGUUCUCCGGAGAGUUCAGCUACGACAAAGAGAGGGCGCUGCUCAAGGAAGUCAGGAACAGAUUUGGGAACGACCUGCAGAUCAGUGACAAACUGUUUGUGAUGGACGCUGGAGCCUCAAACUCGAAAGACAUGAAGCUGCUGAGGAGUCACCUGCAGGAGCUUCGAGCCAGCAUCGUCUCUAGGUGCAGUCCGAUGACGCUGCUGUCGGAGCGUCUGUUGGCCGUUCUGCCGACCUGGAGGAAGCUCAGCGGACCCAACCAGCUGAUGUCGUGGCAGCAGUUUGUCAGUGACGUGCAGGAGCACAUCAACCCGCUGGUGAGCCAGGAUCACCUGCGCAUGCUGGCCCUGCAGCUCCACAGCAUGGGGGAGAUCAACAUCAUGCAGAGUGAGACGGUGCAGGAUGUCGUCCUGCUGGAGCCUCGAUGGCUCUGCAGCAGCAUCCUCGGCAAGCUGCUCUCCGUGGAGACGCCCAAAGCCAUCCACCACUACAGGGGGCGCUACAGGCUGGAGGAGGUACAGGCCCUGGCGCCUGAGAGCGACGUGGACGAGCUGCUGCAGAUCCUGGAUGCCAUGGACGUCUGCGCCCGGGACGUCACCAACCCCACCAUGGUGGAUGUUCCCGCACUCAUCAAGACAAACGGCCUCCACCGGUCCUGGACCGAGGAGGAGGAGGAGGAUUCGCUGCUCUAUGGAGGCGUCCGAAUCGUCCCGGCCGAGCACCUCACUCCCUUCCCUUGCGGCCUCUUCCACAAGCUGCAGGUGAACCUGUGUCGCUGGAGCCACCAGCAGAAGCCCGAGGAGGAUGGCGCCGACGACAACGAUGGAGAUAUUCACCUGUGGACCAACGGCGCCAAAGUGAGCCAGGCAGGAGUGGAGGCCAUGAUCCUCCUGGUCAACCACGGGCAGGGUGUGGAGAUUCAGGUCCGUGGACAUGAUUCCGAGCGGGCCAAGUGCUACACCCUGCUGGACACCCUCUGCAGUAUAACAGAGAACCUGCUGGCCUCCACGCUGCCCGGACAGCUCACUGCCAAAUACUACCUGAGCCCUCAGCAGCUGCGGGAACACCACGCCCCCAUCAUGGUCUACCAACCCAAAGACUUCUUCCGGGCUCAAGUCCAGCGAGAGGCCUCGCUCACCAACACCAUGGGCGGCUAUCGGGAGAGCUUCAGCAGCAUCCUGGCGUUCGGCUGCGCUGAAAUUUACCAGCAGGGGAUUCUGGGAACGGACGUCCACAUAUCGGACGUGCCGCUGCUGGCUCGCCGGAAGCUGUGCCGCAUGCUGGACCCUCCGGACGCCAUGGGGAAGGACUGGUGCCUGCUGGCCAUGAACCUGGGCCUCACCGAAUUGGUGGCCAAAUACAGCAACGGGACUUCAAACGGCACCUCUGAGCUGGACUCGGACCCGGACUCCCAGCAGGCCGUGCUGCAGCCUAGCCCGACGGCGGCUCUGCUGCAGGAGUGGAGCGGGCGAGCGAGCAGCAGGGUCGGCGUGCUGAUGGCGAAGCUGAGGGAGCUCGGUCGGCGCGACGCCGCGGACUUCCUGCUCAAAGCAUCGCCCGUGUUUAAGGUUAACACGGAAGCGCUGGGAGGAGCCGCCAACGGCUACCCACCGACCUGCAACGGCGGCACAUCGUACAACUCCAUCAGCUCCGUCAUUUCCCGCUGAGGGCUCGCUGUCCCCGCCAAACGUCAGGAGGUCGCUCUGACACGACGGACUCGUGCAAUCUUUCCGGUCCAGCUGCUCACGCUUUAAUCGCUCCGUUUUGUUGGCGUGCAAACCAGAUGUUGUGUUUGUGCUCUCCACACCUGUACAGCCGAGCUUUCCUCCCGCUACGAAUGUCGUGAAAGAACCGAACGCUCCGAGCUCCAAAGAGGAAUUCUGUGUUUUUCUUCUCUUUAAAAUCUUGUUGUUUGCUGCUUCUUAACGUCCCUCCUGCUGUCGCGCACACUCCAGUCUCACUCCAAGGAACAGCGCCGUUUUCUAAUCUCCACGUGUGGUGCGAAAGAUGGCAGCUGCACGUGUGGACCUCAUGCUCGAACCUGAGGGCUGAGUGUGUGUCGUGUUGCUCGCUCCAUCCAUCGCUUACACCUAAUAUCAGCUCCCUCCUCGCUUCUGCUUUACUGAUGUGAAAUUUGGUAUUUCAGCUUAGCGUUUAAUAAAUUUACAGCAUUUUUUUCAGAGUGCCUUGGUGGCCUUCUACCUCCCUGAAGAGCACAGCCAGUCUCGUUAGUACAACAGCAGAAGUCUUUUCCAGAUGUUUGAAGAACUGUGCCUUGUUGAUAUAAAAGUAAAAUGAAUUUCUAACACGUCUAUUUAUCUGGCGGGCUGUCACUAACAUGAAGAAGACCAUGUUGUAUAAGAAUAAAGGAGCCCUGGUCUCGUGCUGUAAGGUUUGAAAACUAAGUUUCACUUUUCACAAAAGCAAACACACAAAGAUGUGUUUGUGGAGACGGCACGUGUCAGCAGUGGGUGGAACCAUUUCCUUCAUGUUUGGUGUGUUUGUUGAUGUUCCUGCUAAUCCUCAGUUCAGAUUUCUGUACUCUUCCAUCCAACAGCUGAAACGUUUACCUUUACAGGUCCCAGAAUUUCCCGUGAAUGUCUUUGAAUAAACUCUCUGUCGUACAAAUUACAGUUUUGGGCUCCAGUUGGACUUUAAAGUCUCCUGGACUCAGACAGUCAAAUUCACAUCUCGCCUUCACCGUCACAGCUGCUAUUUUCAGAUCGUUGUUCAGACCUCUCGCACGUGUGCAGCUGUGAUUUCCCCUGAGCUUCAGAAUUGUGCUCAAGUUAAACAUCAACUUGUAUCAGAUAAACGGAUCUUUAUGAGUGCACAUCAUAUCACACCAUGUCAAUGUAAAUGUAAUUUGCAUAUUCUAAAAGUCAAGAGAACUUUUUACUUUUUUUGCCAAUCCAGAGCAGCUUACUUAGUAACAGCAGUAUGGUGUAUUAGAGCAGCUUUGCAUGAUCCACAGUGCAAAGUAAUGCGCAUUUAUCUGUUACUGGGCCUCAGUGCAGCCGCUCGGCCUGAAACAAGCUGUUUUUGCCCCUUUCUCUUUAAGCUAGCCUUCCUCGGAUUGGCUGCCCCUCACUAAAAGUAGGUCAGAAUAGCAGGUGGGCGGGGCUUCAGUGCCUAAGAUAUUAGGUAUAUCUGUGGCGUCAUGGAGACGCACCGAAGCCUCACAGGGAUUUAAACACUUUAAUUGUUCGUGUUUUUGACUCUGCUCAGACCAAAACCUUAGAAACAGAACGUUCUGCUUUGUACUCGCAUUUUAACAUCUGCGAUUCCUUCCUUUUCCUGAAAACUCCAGGGAAACUUUGGGACCUGUAAACAUCAGUGUUUCUGUAAACAUCAUCUUUCAUUCACACAAAGGGAAGGGUAGCCAUUUUUACAGAAAAAGGAGGGUGGGUUUUCUAAAGGACUGUGUCUUAUUGGGUGAUGUUGACCUUUCUAAAGUGUAACGAGCUGCAAAGCAAAUGUUUAAACCAUCACGGCAGACAGGGUGGGCUGAGAACUCCCUCGUGCCGACUACCUUAAAUAGAAAGUUUUACUAAAACGCUCAAAUUCUAAACAGAAAGGUGAUUUUUUUAUAAUUGGGUUGAUUUCUGUACUUUUGUACUUCUCUUAAACGAGCAGCCGGUUACAGUAGACGCUGACGCCGCACUUCUUUGAUGCCUCCUCAUCAGGUUUUUAAAGCGUUAUCGCCGGCGCAGGGGCGUCAUUAAUCAAGCUGCCGUCCGCGGUCAGAGUUUUGCACAGUGGCAUCGACGCCACCUCUGUCAAGCUAAAUUUGAGCUUCGUUGUCGGCGGGCCGCGCGUGGCUUCAUGCCUUCUUUCAGUUUUUCUUUGUGAAGCAUGAAGCCGCAGCCCGGCCACGGUCAGCACAAGCACAGGGAAGCGGCGGCAUGAUGUUAGUAUUGUUAGCUGAAAAAGGCCAAAGGCUGCUGAUGACAGAAAUGUCAGAGAAAAGCAUUUUCACUUUGUGCGAGCUGGUGUUUUGUAACGUUUGUGCCCCUCACUCUGAACCUGAAGAAGAAAAAAGCUUGUUUUUCAGCGCACGUGUGUGUCGGGACGGUUUCAUUCCUGAAGUUACAUCUGACGGAUGUAAAGGACCUUUUUCAGGACGCGCUGUGUAAAAGACGAGCUCCGUGCCAGAGUGCAGUAUUUGCUGUCAGCUUCCUCCAGUGUUACCAUCUGUUCACAGAUUUAAACUUUCAUCUCGCCAAUCAACACAGCAAACUGUUAGCUGUGAUGUAAAUACUCAAAGCUUUUGUUAAGCUGUUUGUUUUUUGCUGAGGCAAAAAUGAAUGUACUGCACAUCUUUCCUAAACAUAUAGUGACAAUAAAAAUGAAUCAAAGACGCCAAUGUGUGCGCAGGAACACGAGGAAAUAAAAUGUCCCAAACUGAUAUGAAACGCGAUUUGAUUUUUCUGUUUUUUUAUUGAAGCUGUUGUCGGAGUUGUGUAUAAUCAUUGCCAAUGUUGUGUGCCUAAAACACACUCGUUCAUUCCUCUCUUUCUGCCUUGUACAGUACACAAGCUGAGAGGUGGCGUUUCGGAAAGGGAAGAGACUCUUCUGUGUUUCAGAGGAUCGUUAUUUUGUAAAAACUGAGAAUCACUAUGAUGAGUUUGUCUCUGUUCGGUUUCUUCUCCCUGGAAGCUUCUGGUGAGGUUGAGAUGUUUCUGUUCGACGAGGAGGGACCGACUCGUUUUUACUGUCGGGUGACUUUUCCUCCUUGGAGAAUAAUCGCCGCAAUGCACAAAUCUUUCUGUUGCUAUUUAUGUUACAUCCUUAGCAUGUCCUGGAAUGCCAUGUUCUUAGUACUGCUGACACUUUAUAGUGUAAUACAUUUUAUAAUAAAUUCUUUACCUAAUGCCA